AUGCCCUUCAAGUCUAACGGGCACACAGUUCAUUCCUUCUUCACGGGUCAGAGUACUCUGCCAGGAAAGAUCAUUGCCUCCUCUUCUACGGUCGUUCACUUCCUUCAUCUUGAACCAUUUAGUGAUGCCAACGGGCCGGCGUCCAGCUCGUCUGUCCACCAAACGACCGGGUCUUCUCCCAAAGCAGAAAGCAGUAGUACUCGGCGGAAAGUGCCAGUAGUAUUGUACGAUUUUGACGGCACACUCAUCAAAACGAGUAGUGGAAAACGCUUUCCUUCCGGACGUGAAGAUUGGGCAUGGUGGCAUCCUUCUGUGCCUGGCAAACUCAGAGCGGAGCACGAAGCUGGGAAACACCUCGUGGUGAUUUCAAAUCAGGGCGACAAAAGACCAAAUGUCCGAGCGGAAUGGAGGGCCAAGCUGCCAUUGGUAGCGGCAAAGUUGCCUGCUGGAGUUCCUCUUCGCAUUCUGGCUGCGUUAGACAAGGAUAAGUAUAGGAAACCCCGAACCGGGCUCUACGACAUAUUGGACCAGGUGUACCGCGAUCACGGCCUCGAAAUCGAUAUCGAGCGUUCGUUGUUCGUUGGCGAUGCCGCCGGCAGACUGGGAGGAGUGAAAGGUCAAUUCAGAGAUCACGCAGAUACAGAUCUCAAAUUUGCUCUCAACAUUGGCGUCCCGUUCCUAACACCUGAGGAGUAUUUCCUUGGGGACCCGAGACCUGUCUAUCCUAUGCCACCAAACGGAUUCCGACCUGCAAAAGUUGGAUCUCUCGUCCCGCCGGUCGUUCCGUCACACACGCCCAUAGCCAGGGAUGACUUGGAGAUCGUCCUUUUCGUAGGUUCCCCCGCAUCGGGCAAGACCUCCUUCUUUCGCAAACACUUUUCCCCGCGAUACCGGCAUAUCAACCAGGAUACGCUGAAGUCAAGGGACAAGUGUUUGCUGGAAGCAGAGAGAUCUUUAACAAAGGGCGAGUCAAUCGUUGUGGCAGACAAUACGAACCGAAAUCGAGCGACUAGAUCACAUUGGGUCAAUCUAGCUGUCAAGCAUAGCGUGCCGAUCAGGUUCUUCCACUUUGUCUGUCCCGUUGACCUUGCAAGACAUAAUAAUGUCUAUCGAGCCUGCUACGGUCCGUCGGACGAACCUGUCCGUCAAUUUCUGCCCGAUACGGCUUUCACAAGCUAUGCGGCUGAUUCGGAAGCGCCAGUAGUAGAUGAAGGCUUCGACGAGGUCAGAGUCGUUAACUUCAUCUUUAGUGGGACGCCAGAGCAGAGAUCGAAAUGGGACCUGUGGUUGUUAGACAAGUAA